AUGAAAAUAAAGAUAAUUCCACUUAUAACACCGAAGGCUCCUAAUGAUCCUUUCAGAGAGAUCGUACAUGAAAAUCCAACAAAACUUCGUAAAAUUUUUAGAAAAGUAAUUGCAGAGAGGUUCGGUAGUAUCUUCACAAGAGGAAAUAGAGAUUUAGUAGAUGUUGUCGUUAGAACUUUACUACUUUCCCUUGUACAAGGAUUAUCCAUUGCUGCACUCAUUUGGUUUACUCUACAUAUGGGAUGCGUUUUAAACCCUGCGGUUUGUCUAGCACAAGUAUGUUCAUAUCGUCUUGGAUUGUUGAAUGCACUUGGAUUAAUAGUUGUGGAAUUAUGUGGUGCGAUGGUAGGAGCUGCUUUAUUAAAAUGGGCAAUCCCCAAUCCAUAUGAAAAAACUUUAGGAGCAACGACUCUAUCGCCUGGAACAAAUGUUGGUCAUGGUAUUUUAUUAGAAUUAAUGGGUACUUUCUUUUUAUCAGUAACGGUAUUGGCCACCGCUGUUCAUAAUGAAGGAGAUCCCGAUAUCAUUAGAGUUGCACCUUGGGCGAUUGGAUGUGCUGUUUUUGCUGGUGUAGCUACUUUAAAUCCAUUUACCGGUGGAAGUAUGAAUCCAGCUAGAUCAUUUGGACCAGCAGUUGUAAAAGGUAUUUGGAGCAAACAUUACGUUUAUUGGAUCGGGCCAAUGCUAGGCGGAUUCUUUGCAGGUAUAUUGUUUAGAUUUAUUCUUGCCGAGAGAGUAUCCUAUAGGUACAUUGAAAGAGAUGAUAUUCAACAAGAAAAAUCUUCAGUCAUGGGAAGUGUAGCUGACAAACAAAAUACAGAAGGUAAGCCCACUGGUGAUAAUAUAGAAGAAAGUGAUUCUGAGAAUUUGAAUCUUGCCAAUGACCCAUACGGUUAUAGUAGAGCAUAA